CUUUUACCCCAGCUCUCAGAAGCUGUUAGUUCCACCACAAGGAAGAGACAUGGGCAAAUGGCUGCCAAGGGUGGGUGAGGACUCAAAAGAAAAGCCUGUGUGACUCAGUGGUGAUCCGAGUCAGCAGAGCUGACGCGGAUGUGGAUCACUUGUAAAGAUUUUAAGGAAUACUCGGUAAAGCAUGGUGGCGCAUGAUGAGAUUGGAGGUCUCCUACCUAUUAAAAGAACUAUUCGAGUCCUAGAUGUUAAUAAUCAGUCCUUCAGAGAACAAGAGGAGCCAAGCAAUAAAAGAGUCCGACCUCUAGCUCGGGUCACAUCCUUGGCAAAUUUAAUCUCUCCUGUAAGAAAUGGAGCAGUCAGGCGCUUUGGUCAAACAAUACAGUCAUUUGCUCUUCGUGGUGACAACAGAUCCCCGGCUUCUGCUCAUAAGUCAUAUAGCAGAUCAACAGUCCCAACACCUGCCAAAAGAAGAAAUAGUGUUCUGUGGUCAGAAAUGUUAGACGUCAGUAUGAAGGAGUCUUUAACUACCAAAGAAAUCAAACGUCAGGAGGCAAUAUAUGAAAUGUCCCGAGGUGAACAGGAUUUAAUUGAGGAUCUCAAGCUUGCAAGAAAGGCCUACCAUGACCCCAUGUUAAAGUUAUCUAUUAUGUCAGAAGAGGAACUCACGCAUAUAUUUGGUGAUUUGGAUGCUUAUAUACCUCUGCAUGAAGACUUAUUGGCAAGAAUAGGAGAGGCAACCAAGCCUGAUGGAACAGUGGAACAGAUUGGUCACAUUCUUGUGAACUGGUUGCCAGGCCUGAAUGCUUACAAAGUCUACUGUAGUAACCAGCUUGCAGCCAAAGCUCUUCUUGAUCAAAAGAAACAAGAUCCAAGAGUCCAAGACUUCCUCCAGCGGUGUCUUGAAUCUCCUUUCAGUAGAAAACUAGAUCUUUGGAGCUUCUUAGAUAUUCCUCGAAGCCGCCUAGUCAAAUACCCUUUACUGAUAAAAGAAGUUCUUAGACACACUCCAAAAGACCACCCUGACGUUCAGCUUCUAGAGGAAGCGGUAUUGAUAAUACAAGGAGUUCUCUCUGAUAUCAACUUGAAGAAAGGUGAGUCAGAAUGCCAGUAUUACAUUGACAAACUGGAGUAUCUGGAUGAAAAGCAGAGGGAUCCUAGAAUUGAAGCCAGUAAAGUGUUGCUUUGCCAUGGGGAACUAAAGAAUAAAAAUGGACAUAAACUUUAUAUUUUCCUGUUUCAAGACAUCUUGGUUUUGACUCGACCUGUUACACGAAAUGAGCGUCACUCUUACCAGGUUUACCGGCAACCAAUCCCGGUCCAGGAGCUGGUUCUAGAAGACCUGCAGGAUGGAGAUGUGAGAAUGGGAGGAUCCUUUCGAGGAGCUUUUAGCAAUUCAGAUAAAGCUAAAAAUAUCUUUAGAGUUCGCUUCCAAGACCCCUCUCCAGGCCAGUCUCACACACUUCAAGCCAAUGAUGUGUUCCAUAAGCAGCAGUGGUUCAAUUGUAUUCGAACCGCUAUCGCCCCUUUCCAGCAGGCCACCAGUCCAACAGAGCUUAAGGAUUUGCCAGAGCUCAGUGAAGAGUGUGAAGAGAACAACCUGUCUGCGUCAAAUGUCAAAGCCCAGAGAAGGGUUUCAACAGUUUCUAGUGUUGUUCAAGUAGAAGUAGAUGAAAAUGCUUCAGAAUAUGGUUCUAGUGUGCAAACAGCAGAAGACACCAAGAGUGUAAAAGUACACCGAACACAGUCUGGAUUCCGAAAAGCAAGGGACAAAGCCCAGUUAAGUGGCAAACGGAAAGAGACUUUGGUAUAAAGAAAACUGUGUAUUAACUGAUGGAGAGACUGUUUAUUUAUAAAUGUGUACAGUUGUUUUUUUUUUUCCUUGUAAGGCAAGCAUGGGAACGUUGUAGGGUUUAUACCAGUUUUAAUAUUUUCUAUGUUUUUGAUUGUUUUUUGUUUGUUUUUUAAUGGCAGCUAAAGGUAUACAAAUUACUGUUAAAUUGCAGCUUUUUUUUUUUUUUUAAGGUAUAAUUUUCUUGGUUUAUUUAGUUCAUGCAAGCCUGGUAUCUUUAAUCAAAUGAAAUAUAUAUGAAAUGGAUUUUCUCCUAAUUCUGGAUUCAUCAUGACUUUCCGAUACCAACCAAUUGUGAUAUUUACAACAUCUGCCCAAAAUUAGAAUUUUGGAAAUACUGGAAUUUUACCAGUGUUUCUUUGCAUGCAGAAUUUAAGUUGGAACACUGGUACAUAAAAUCUAAAUGGAAUAUAUAUUUGUAUUAUUUCAAAAUUUACACUGAAACAUAUCUUCCUUGGAAAACAAACCAUAAAACUUUAUAGGUUUUCCAUUUUAUCAACUGGAAUGCUUUAUAUUAGUUUUUCACUGCACAUUCCUCAUUUUUCAUUCAUUUAACCUGCCAAUUAUUUAAUUUUUUUUUUGUAAAGUAGCUUUUAGUAUUUGCUUUUAUUUUUUUACUUUGAUGCCUUUUCAAAUUGGCACGUCUUUAAAAGUAUUCUUCCUUGAUUUAAAAUGUGUGUGUGUGUGUGUGUAUAUACAUAUAUAUAUUUUUAAAUCAUAUUAACUUUACCAAGUGAAACCAAGCCAUACUGUUUUUGAGCCAAUUAAGAAAAUUGCAGUUGUUAAAAAGUAGCAUUUUGGGGUGGUGAACACACAUUGAAUGUCUUAGUAUGUUCUAGACUACUGAACAAAAACCACCGUAAGAACCAAGUUGAAAGUUUUAGCAUGGCCGGAAAAGCAAGAGGGAAGGCAAAAUGACUGGUAAUAAGUUUUUUUAAGAGGGAAAAAGAGAGUAGUUGUGUCUUAAAGUAGAAUGUCUGGUUGUGCCAGAAUGUGAAAGAUAGUAAAAGCUAAACUUGAGGGUGUGUAGUAAGUUGUAGAAGGCUUGAGGGGAAGUGAACUUUAUUUGCCUUGGUUUGUAAUACCUGCAGAUAAUGAGUUUGAAAAGAAACAAAUGUUUUUUGAAAACUUUACAAAAUUAGAUCAAUUUUGGUGGAUGUAUUCAUAAGAUGGAAAAAAGGCUGGUGAAUUUUUUGCUCCAAAAUGUUUCAUGGGUGAUAUACUUUCUAUUAAAAUAGCAGUGAAAUACCCUAUGCCAUAACAGGUUCAUAACGGUGAUCAGUUCAAGUAAAAUGUUGACUAUUAUGUAAAAUAUAUUUGGCCAGUGGAAAUGAAAAUUGGAAAAGAUUGUAAAUAGAUCAAAUGAUUUCUUUGUAUAAAUGAAUUGUACAAUUAAAAAAAAGAACACACAAUCA